AUGGAUGAAAACCAGAAUAUGAUUCUGCCAGUGCCCGAUAUUGUACAGAGUACACACAGUAAGUUGAUAGAGCCGGAAACACAGAUUGUAGGUGUACAUCCAGACGGCUCUAAGGAAUCUUUGUCAGGUAUUACAGGUAACAAAAAUCUCGUUAGUGAAGGUAACUGGAAUCUUGUUACUGAAUCAGGAGAUCAAAUGGUUGUAGUAUCUUGUGCAGAUAGAUUUGGAAAUGACAACCAAUUCUCUGUAAUAAAUGAAAAUUUAAAAGAUAAAGAUAAUGCAUUUUUGACAAUGAAUUCCAACAACAGUCAAUUUCAAAUUUAUGACUAUUCUGCUUUUAAUGAGGCUUUUAGCAGCAAUAAGAACAAUAAACACACUGAGACUGUUGAUCAAGGAAAUAUUAAAGAUACAAAUUGUUUAAACGGACUAGAACAAUCAUUUAGUAUGGUGUAUACUGUACCGGCCACAUCAAAUUACAACAAAUCGGAGAAUGGAAAUCAUGUUGUUACUAAAACUUGUGACAGUGUUCAAGGAAAACAGUGCAAGAUUGUUCAUGGUUCAAUGCGAAAUAGAAGCAAAAGAAACACAAGUGUACGAUUUGAAAGUCAACAAAAAAUGUCCUACGACCGAUUUAAAUCAAAACAGUCGAGUCGAGACAGAUUAUUGAAGAGCUGUAAGCCAAACAAGAGCAUAAAGCUAUCUGAUACUUCAAAUGGUUAUCAGAACAAUUUAAACUGUAGUGCCAAAACGAAAAACAGAUCUUCUCCAAGGCGAAAAAAAUGCAGAUUUCUCUUGACUUCUGUCAAAAGGGGAUCCAAAUCAAAAUCAACUGUGUCGAGUACAGAGACAAAUAAUAUGGACGAAACUACUGAUGGUCUUUGUGGGGACAAAACUACUGAUGGUGUUUGUGGACAAGAGGAACAUGUAGAUGGUUGUCUUGAUCCUCCAGGGUUGGCAGGAGAUCCUGUGACAUGUCGUGUGGGGUCCACUUACACCAGUCAUAGACAUUUCUAUAAGUGUUGGAAUGACCGAGAAGUUUGUAUGUCCGAUAUUGAAGAGUUCUUCAGCAACAUCCUAUGUGCUGAGCGUGUGACACAGAUGACGAGGACGUACAAUGACAUAGAGGCUGUCAAUAGAUUACUAGAAGAGAAAGAGCGUGACCUUGAACUAGCUGCCCGUAUAGGUCAGACACUUCUCCAGAAAAACCAGGACCUAACAGACAAAAAUGAAUCGUUAGAGGAACAGGUUUCCCAGGCAACAGAAAAGCUCAACCAGUUUAAACAUGAAAUUCUACGCAAGGAUGAGCUCCUCCAAGCUCUGACCCACUCUGAGUCUGACAGCACACCUACAGAUGAUUCUCCGAAUGGAAACACAGAAGGCCUUUAUGUCUUGGGGGCCACAAGUUUACAGAAAAAGGUUAAAUCCCUGGAAGAAGAAAAUAUCAAACUCCGCAUUGAGACGGUACAACUAAGUGCUGAAACAUCAGAAUUCGAGGAAAAGGAGCAAAAAUUGGUGACUGACUGUCUGGAACAGCUCGGGGAAGUAAAAGACCAGAUUGAAGUUUACUCACAAGAACUUGCUCUAAAGACAGAAGAAACAUAUUCUCAAAAGGAGGAGAUCACCAACCUUUUAGCUCAGCUAGUCGACCUCCAGCGGAAAUGUAAAGUUCUAACAGCAGAAAACCUUGAGCUCCAGAAGCACCUUGAGGCCUCACAGUCAUCACAGAAACACCUGACAAAGGAGCUUGCCGAGUACAAAGAUAAACAUGAUGAGGUAUUGGAAUUACUGGAGGAGAACCAGGAGGAGUUACGGAAGCUGCGACGGCAACAGAAACCUAACGUAGCUAAACAUAGCUACCUGUCGACAUCACUACUCAGUAUUCCGAAUGACUCCAUCGCCUCGGAACUUGAGUCAUCUCUCAAAUCAGAAAUAGACUUUCCUAUAGGUUACUCACCAGCAGAGAGGAAAGUUCAUAACUGGAGGAUUUUUGAGACCGCCAAGGCAGCAAAGAAGGCGAGCAGUAAACACAAUGGUAUCAGUAACAGUAACAGCUUUGGGACGGAGAAGACUUCUGGAAUCUCCGGAAUGUCUGGUCUGUCCGGACUCUCCACACUCAGUCUCAAUGACAGUCUGGAUUCAGGUGCUCGCUCUCCUGCUAUGUCUGGAGUUGCCUCAUCUGUCGGAAAACUCGGGGCUCUGUCAGCGAACAUGUCCAAUCGAAGUUCCAUGUAUUUCUCGGAAACUGAGUCUGUGCAGAGUGAUGGGUACACCGCUGAUCUGGACAGCCUCUACGGUGACGUAAAGAAGCACAGCCUCGGACGACCGGGUAUACCAGGCUCUAACGACCUAGAAACGGCACUUCGGAAGUUGUCUAUCCGUCGAGCUAAUGAACUCAAUGAGGAGGACUUCUUUGAGGAUGAGGAAAAUAGGAAACGACAAAGGCACAGAUCUGAUACCGGUAAGUCAGAUGCCCAGGAAUCAACUGAUACCCCCGGGAUGUGUCCAACUCCAGACAGUACACUUUCCACUGGAAGUUUCCGAUCUGGAUUCUCCCAGUUUUCUUAUCCAGGAAGUAACAGCUCACACUAUCGACUCCCGGAGAAACUUAAGAUCAUCAAGCCACUAGAGGGUUCUGUCACUCUGCGCCAUUGGCAACAGCUGGCCACGCCCCACCUGGGAGGAAUCUUUGAGUCUCGUCCAGGGGUUCAAAUUAAGGGCGAGAGGAAACUGGAACUGAAUGAAGAAGUGUACAAUCUUAGUGACUUAGAGGAAGAUGAGGAUUACGAGGAUAACGGAGAGUGCUACAAGAGAUUCCAGGAGAGUUCCACAAUAAACACCUACACAAACUCCACAGUGAAACAUCCAACACAACUUGUCGGUGAGGAGGAAUCGGAGCUUGACUCUGACGUAGAAUGUAUAGAAUCAACAUCAACAAAAUCUUCAACACCUCGGCUCACUUCAAUGGUUCAGUCGAGCGGAACGACGACCUAUAGCAUGUCGCUGGGACUAGCAGCCAUCUUAAAUGAGCGUGACUUUGCGAGUUCUUCUGACAAGAAAGUCAAUACAUCAGGAGCCAGCCAGGCGUCACGAACAUCGGGCUGUUUGGUGUCCGAGUCUCACUUUGAUUUGUCAAAGUCAAAAGCACAAGCCGUAACAGUGACUUCAUCCUCUGGAACUGGUGUUGCCUUGACAACCAGUUCUCCAACAAAAACAUCACCGGAGAGGACUCAUUCAUUGGCGGGUGUGGACUACCAGGAGGGAAAUCUCCUCAAUCGUAUCAAAAACACAGGUUUUUCACUGUAUGGUUAUCUCGGGAAAAUGGGCCAAAGGACAGACUCUGUGGUGUCAUUACCGGAACAACUUAACGAGAAGAAAAACACUUCACAGAAAGGUGCGAUUCCUAAAGUGUCUGUGUCACCGACUCAGUCAUCUUCUGUUGAUAAUCUUGUGACAAUUGCCGCCCCACCAGAGGGCGGAGCUGAGGCUUCCAAGUCAAAAUCUGCUGCAACAAUAUUUGGAGGAGGAGCGUCUGGGGGUGGAGUUCUUGGUGCAUUGACCUCAAUUAGAAAAAGUGGCAUAUUUUAAAAAAUAUGACUUUUAUAUUUCUGUAUAACAUUUUAGGCUGGUUUGAUGUAUGGACUUUCUACUAAGUAGAUAUAAGCAUACUCACAGUAGUGACAGAUGAUACGAUGAUCAAAAAUGUUGAAGUGCUCAUUUUUAAUUGUCCUUGUGAAGCUAAUUGUGAUAAUAAAACUUUACACAGGGGCAAAACUUUAUUUCUUAGAGAUACAAGAGCCAUUUAACCUAAGAUGAGAAAUCACACAAUUAUUUAAUGAAUAUAAUUUCUUGCCCCUGUGCUACACUAGCCAAGGGAGGUAAUCGAGAUAUAACACAAUUAUUUAACGAAUAUAAUUUCUUGCCCCUGUGCUACACUAACCAAGGGAGGUAAUCGUGAUAUCACAUGACUGAUUAGUUAACAUUAUUCCAAUAUUGCAGUGUUCACAUCUAAAUUAUAAUUUGUUUGCCCC